GAUGCCAAACUGGGGAGGAGGGAAGAAGUGUGGGGUGUGCCAGAAGGCUGUGUACUUCGCUGAGGAGGUGCAAUGUGAAGGCAACAGCUUCCACAAGUCCUGCUUCUUGUGCAUGGUCUGUAAGAAGAAUUUGGACAGCACCACCGUGGCCGUGCACGGUGAGGAGAUCUACUGCAAGUCCUGCUACGGGAAGAAGUACGGCCCCAAGGGCUACGGCUACGGGCAGGGAGCUGGGACCCUGAGCACGGACAGGGGAGAGUCCCUGGGAAUCAAAUAUGAAGAGGGCCAGCCCCACCGACCCAUGAACCCCAACGCAGCCAGGAUGGCCCAGAAGGUGGGAGGAUCUGACGGGUGCCCCCGCUGUGGGCAGGCCGUGUACGCGGCCGAGAAGGUCAUCGGAGCUGGGAAG